CGGUGACGUCACCCCGGGGGGGUCCAUUAAGAAAAAAAAAAGUGUUGCGUGGGAGGCGGAGGGGGGGGGGCAGAGAAAGGGAAGGAAAGUUUUCUGCGGGACGGAAGGAAGUUUGCAAGGAAGUUUGCAAGGAAGCCUCGGCCCGGGAGGGGAUCGAGCUGGGGCGCAAGGAAGAUCGACCCCACAAGCUGCCAGAUCCUGGGAUCAGGUGAGCCCCCUGGGGGGGGGAGGCUGCAGGAGACCCCCCCCCGCCACCCCACCCAUUGCAUUCAAGCCUGAUGCAGUUUUUAGGGUGGGGAAAUCGGCCCCCUAUUUCUGAGCUGGGCGCGUCCCUUGCCCUCUUCCCCUUUCCUCCUUUUUCCUCCCCAUAUAUUCUCUAGGGUGAAAGUUGGCUGGCCCCCCAGGACCCCCUCUCCCUCCACCCCCACCCCCCUGUGCAUGGGGGGCUAAUAGGGGGCUCCCCGCUCCCACUUUGGGGGCGAUAGAGAUGGAGGGGGAGAGCUCGGACGCCUGGGUUCCUCCUUGCUGCAACCCAGAGUUGUGGGGCGGCGGCAGCCUUGGGGAUCUUGGGUGGGUCGGAGGGUUUGGGGGCCCGGACGCCUGGGUUCUUGCAAGGAGAGGGGUGCACUAGUAGGCCUCGUCCUGAGCUGGGGGGGCGGCGGCUCGGAACAACCCCUUGAGCGCAGGGCAUGUGCAAAGUGCCUUAAAAAUCUGGCCUAUGGGGCCCGACCCAUAACUGCCACCAAGAGGGUCUGGGUGUGGCUUUGGAGCAGACCCUGACAUGAUUUUAAGGGGGGGACUGAGAAGCAGGGCGAUUUGGGGAAGGGGUGGGGGAAUGUCAGAUCUGGCUUUGACCAAGAAAAGGGGGUUCGUUCCUAUGACCCCCCUUAAAAAUCUGCUAGCCCACUCUGUGGCGUGGCUUGAGGGUGCUGCUGGAACCCCACAUUUGUGCAAUUUCAGCAGGUGUUUCCCUUCCAUACACCCCCCCAAAAAAUCUCCUUGCUGAAGUCCUUUUUGGACGGCAUUUGCAGAAGGAAUAAUGAUAACAAUUUUAUUAUUUAUAUCCCACCUUGGUUGCUCCAGAAACUCCUCAUCUAAACUUCCCCAGCGAAAUAGGAUUUUUUCCUUUUUGGAUGGCGUUUGCAGAAGGAAUGGUGAUCACAAUUUUAUUAUUUAUAUCCCACCUUGGUUGCUCCAGAAACUCCUCAUCUAAACUUCCCCAGUGAAAUAGGAUUUAUAUUUUAUUUUUUUACUGAAACCUAGAAGUCAUCCUCCCGAUCUGGACCUCCUUUGAUGAUUCUCCUUAUUGCAUCCGCAGGCCAUCUUUUUUCAUAGGAGAAGGCGUUUCCCCCCUUCUCCUCCUUCCAUCCUCACAACAGCCUUGCGAGGGAGGCAAGGGCCAGGCUGAGAGGCAGGGACCGGCCCCCGAGGCCACACACACAAUAAUAAUAAUAAUAAUAAUAAUAAUUUUUAUUUAUACCUCGCCCUCCCCAGCCAAGGCCGGGCUCAGGGCGGCUAACAACCAAUAAUAAAAACAAGUUGAAUGAAUACAACUUAAAAAAACAAGAUUAAAAUACAACUUUAAAACAUUAAAAUGCAGCCUCACAGGAGGAGAAAGGAAAAAAGAAAGAGGGGGAGCGAGAUUCAUUUGUCUGGCACUCCCAACUAUGGCACCACCAACUUUUCGCAGUUGGCCUCGGGUUUUGUUCAUGCUUAAGAAGGUGUGGAUUUUCUGAACAUCUGAGGGUGAAUCCACCUUUCCCAACCAGGUGCCCUCCAGGCAGCCUCGGAUGGGUCUGAACCACCUGGAGGACACCAUUUUGGGGAAGGCUACCGUAUUUUUCGCUCCAUAAGACGCACCUUUCCCCUCCUAAAAAGUAAGGGGAAAUGUGUGUGCGUCUUACGGGGUGAAUGCAGGGGGGAGGCAGGCGGGAAAAGCCCCCAAAAGCCCCACACAAUCUCCGUGUGGCUCUUAUGGGCUUUUCCCCAGGAGGGAGAAGGGACUGAUGCGCCCAGUCAGUCCCUUCUCCCUCCUCGUAGAAAAGCCCUUAAAGAGUGCGCGGCUCCUGUGGGCUUUUGCGGGAGGUGGGGGUAUUGCCAUAGCCGCACGCAGCCUCUCCCGGCUGGAGAGGUUGUGCGCGGCUAUGGCAGAAGCCAAGGGACGCGGGUGGCGCUGUGGGUUAAACCACAGAGCCUAGGACUUGCCGAUCAGAAGGUCUGCGGUUCGAAUCCCCGCGACGGGGAACCUAGCAGUUCGAAAGCACGCCAAAGUGCAAGUAGAUAAAUAGGUACCGCUCCGGCGGGAAGGUAAACGGCGUUUCCGUGCGCUGCUCUGGUUCGCCAGAAGCGGCUUAGUCAUGCUGGCCACAUGACCCGGAAGCUGCAUGCGGGCUCCCUCGGCCAAUAAAGCGAGAUGAGCGCCGCAACCCCAGAGUCGGCCACGACUGGACCUAAUGGUCAGGGGUCCCUUUACCUUUUACCUUAUGGCAGAAGCCAAGACAGCGAGCGGGAUGCAUCCCUCUCGCUGUCUUGGCUUCUUUGCUCUUUGGGGCUGGGGGGGGCGGGCUUCCCCGGCAGCGCAAAGAAGCUCACGGAGCAGCGGGAAGGCUGCGUGCCUUUCCGCUGCUCCCCGACCUGCUCCUUGGGGCUGGCGGUGGGCUUCCCCCCGCCAGCCCCAAAGAGCAGGUCGAAAGGAACCCGAAGCCUCCGGAGCGCAGCGGAAACUCCCUCCACGCUCCUGAGGCUUCGGGUUGCCUUCACUGAAGCCUGGAGAGCGACAGGGGUCAGUGCGCGCCGAGGCCUGAAGGCGACUGAACCAUGGCUGUCAACUUACAGAUUUGAAAAUAAGGAACUAGCAGCCUCGAAAAUAAGGGAUCAGCAGCCAAAAUAAGGGAUUUUAGUCAACCAGCAGCCAAACGAAGCCUCAAGCGGUGGUUCCCACAGCGCAGCAACCCGGCAAAGGGAAUGCAGCAAGGAAAACCACCGUCCCCUCUCCGCUGGGAAGCGCUGAGCAAAGGCGAGUCCCCAGGCAAUGCGGCCGAUUUGAUUGGCACAAGGCCUGCAAGCUCCACCCCCCCAGUCGUUCUUAGACUCCUUAUUGGGUGAGCAACGCAGCCAAGCAACCCAGUUGGAGCCUCCCUCCUCCCUGGCCAGCAGGGAGGGAGGGAGAGGAGCUGCUUCCUUUGAAACCCGGGAAAUUUAAGGGACAUCAUCAAUAAGGGACAGCAGCGGGACAAGGCGCUGGGAUAAGGGACUUUCCCGCCAAAUAAGGGACGGUUGACAGCUAUGGACUGAACACACCUUGAACGGCACCUUGUUUUAGAGGGGGAGAACAAGAAAAAAAUAAUUCUCCCCCUCUCUGCGCAGUGCCUCCUGCCGCUUCGCUGAAGGGGCACUGGGCAGAGAGGGGGAGAUUUUUUUUUUCUUGUUCUCCCCCUCUAAAACAAGGUGCGUCCUAUAGAGCGAAAAAUACGGUAGUCAGUUUCCUAGCUUCAAGGUGCAUCUGUAGUGACUAAACUAAAAUCCCCAAAACUGGUCAAUGAUGCUGAUGAGGGGUGCAUAUAUGACCCACUCGCUACUCUGAAAUGAGUGUUGAAAUUCCGCCUCGCAGGUUGUUGUAGAGAAUUGGUGAGGAAGACCACGAGUUCCACACAGUGCUUUUUUCCUGGGUGGUAGCCACACCCCUAAACAUGUUGCGAAUCUUUGUACUUUUGUCCAUGUGCUUUAUUUCCCCCGGUUUGAACUAUAAAAUGGUGGUUUUCUUGAGUCAAAAUGAGAGUACCCCUAUAUCUUUUUUUAGAAAGAAAGAAAAAGCACUGGCCCCACCUUGGAGAAAAAGGUGGGAUAGGUAAAAGGUAAACGGACCCCUGACCAGUAGGUCCAGUCGUGGCCAACUCUGGGGUUGCGGCGCUCAUCUCGCUUUAUUGGCCGGUUCGAAUCCACGCGACGGGGUGAGCUCCCGUUGCUCGGUCCCUGCUCCUGCCAACCUAGCAGUUCGAAAGCACGUCAAAGUGCAAGUAGAUAAAUAGGUACCGCUCUGGCGGGACGGUAAAUGGCGUUUCCAUGCGCUGCUCUGGUUCGCCAGAAGCGGCUUAGUCCUGCUGGCCACAUGACCCGGAAGCUGUAUGCCAGCUCCCUCAGCCAAUAAAGUGAGAUGAGCGCCGCAACCCCAGAGUCGGUCACGACUGGACCUAAUGGUCAGGGGUCCCUUUACCUUUACCUUACCACUGUAUUUAAAACUAAAUUUAAAAAACGAGAAAAGAAAAAGCUCUCUGCGGCAACUUCCAAAACCCAGAUUUCUUGCUCUUUUAAAAAUAAAAUACAAAAUUAUCUCUCUUCGUUCAUUCCUAGCCCCCCACGUGAUGUCUGGCCCCACCUGGCUUCCCCCAAAACAGGUGGGGGUCCCGGGACAGGCUGGGGUCACAGUUUCUGGUCCGGCCGCCUUCAAGCCCCAGAAGAGUUUUGCUUCUUCGCCUGCUGCCCCCCAACCCACCUAUGGGUCUCAGGAGGCCAACGGGACGAUGAGCGUGCCAACGCAGUACCUACCCCCCGUACCAGGUAAGGUGGCGGCGGAGAACGCCAAGGAAUUCUUUGCAUGGCUGCGGGUUGGGAUGGAUGACCUUUGGGGUGUCCCUAACAACAAUUCCAGGAUUACCAUAUUUAAAUCUUAGAAUAGCUUUGGGAGUGGGUAUAGGCUGUAGGGUUAGAAGUAGAAGUUAGUGCAUUUUAAAAUAGUAUUAUUUGUAAGUGAUAAAAUGCGAAGAUUUUAAUGGUUGAAGUAAGUGGGAUUUUUUUUAAAAAAUGGUUAGAAAUUAUGAUAUAUGUAAUCUGCUAAAGAUGAGGUAAAAUGAAAAUCAGAUGGGGGGACUUGGGGAAGCCCACCUAAAAAUGUUUAGAAAAAAUCUGCUUCAAGCAGAUCCUAACUGGCCGGAGGCUGGAAAAAUUCUUAUUCCUACUGAAUCUUCGGAACUCUCUGCCUCUUGAUAACAAGCAGUUGCCUCCGUUGUUUUCCUUCUGGCACCUGCUAAAAAAACACGUUCGGGGAAGCCGACCCAAACGCUUGUGAAUCUUCAACUUUCUGGGCCUUUUUUUGCAUGUUUUUAAACCGUCGUUGCAAAUUGCAAAUCUUUUCCUAAACCUCUUUGAGGCGUUCCUUCUCUAAUGCAGGCGAGGGGCAUGUAAAGUUUUAUUUAAUAGGUGAAAAAUAAUAUUUUGUGUAAUAAUAAAAUCGUGUAUUUUCCGAAACCUCUUUUAGGCGUUGCUUCUCUUAUGCGGUCAAGGGGUGCGUAAGUUUUAUUUAAUAGAUGAAAAAUAAUAAUUUGUGUAUUUGUAUGAUAAUAAAUUGUGUAUUUUCUGAAACCUCUUUGAGGUGUUUUCUUCUCUUAUGUAGUCAAGGGGUGUGUAAGGUAAAGGUAAAGGGACCCCUGACCAUUAGGUCCAGUCGUGACCGACUCUGGGGUUGCGGCGCUCAUCUCGCUUUACUGGCCGAGGGAGCCGGCGUCCAGCUUCUGGGUCAUGUGGCCAGCAGGACUAAGCCGCUUCUGGCGAACCAGAGCAGCGCACGGAAACGCCGUUUACCUUCCCGCCGGAGCGGUGCCUAUUUAUCUACUUGCACUUUGACGUGCUUUCAAACUGCUAGGUUGGCAGGAGCAGGGACCGAACAAUGGGAGCUCACCCCGUCGCAGGGAUUUGAACCGCCGAACUUCUGAUCAGCCAGUCCUAGGCUGUCUGGUUUAGACCACAGCGUCACCCGCAUCCCAAGGGGUGUGUAAGUUUUAUUUAAUAGGUGGAAAAUAAUAAACCUCCCUCUUGGUUUCUUCCCUCCGCCCGCCUCCCCGCUCCCAAAAUCUUUUUUCUCCAGGCCCUCCGCCCCAUGUUCACGACCCCACCGGUGAACAUCAUUAUUCUUCCGCAGGCGAGAGAGGAUCUGGGGGUUCCUGGGGCAGCGCCUCUCCUCCUGGGUACCCCUUGCAGGUAAGCUGGGCUUGCAGGUGGGUUUGCGCGGUAACAGCAGGUUUUGGGAUUCGCAAAUUCCCCAAACCCCAUUGCACUAGGAUCAGAUUUCUCGUGAGAUCUGAGGACCAGCCUGACAGUCAUUGUUAUAAUUUCUUUGGUGCUUGGCUCUAGAUCAGGGGUCCCCAAACUAAGGGCCGCGGGCCGGAUAAGGCCCUAGGGACUUGUUUAUCCGGCCCGCUGCGACGCCCGCUGCCGCCGCCCGCUCUUACCGGCGCUGCGCUGCGCGUCUGCCCACUUCCGGGUCAGAGGAGCACCGGAAAUAGCUUGCGCGCAUGCACAAGUGUUAUUUGCGCAUGGGCAAGUGUCAGUCAGUCAAUCACUAGCUGAACUGGGUUCCACACAGUCACAAAAAACCCCAAAUUAAUCGAAAAAGCCUCAAAAACACAAAAUAAAUAGCAAAAGCAAUAGCGCCAAACUUAAUCCGUUCCGGAAGUCUGUUUGACUUCUGAAAUGUUUGAAAACCAAGGCGCAGCUUCUGAUUGGUGCAGGCGUCCUGGAAACAAUAGCUGACAGCCGCAUUGGACGUUCGGCUUCCGAAAAAUGUUCAAAAACCAGAACACUUACUUCAGUGUUUUCAGUGUUUGAGAACCACCAAGGCGUUUGAGAACCAAGGUACCACUGUACCGCAAAGAGGCCAGCACGCCUGAGUCCCUUGACCGAUUUUUGUGCGCCAGGCAGAAAUCCACACGGUGCAGCUCUGGCACAGAGGAUGCACUCUGUUAAAGCUCUUAUUUCGCCUGCUCCCUUACAUCCCAUCUCGGUCCCUGCCAUCAUCUGCAGGGAGGGUUGUCGGUCAUCCUCUGAGUUGGCGAGGCUCAUUUGACAACAACGAUAACCCAAGCCCUUUGUGUCAUUGUGUCCUGUGGGACUCUCUGCCACUGGAGAUUCAGUGGGCGCCUUCUUUUAAACGCCGGCUGAAAACGCUUCUAUUCCUCCAGGCCUGUGCAGGCGUUUAGGAACACGUCCUCCCGCAAGGCUUAACUGAUGUGUGUUUUAAACCCAUAAUACUACUACUACUACUAAUAAUAAUAAUUUAUUAUUUAUACCCCGCCAUCUGGGUGGGUUUCCCCAGCCACUCUGGGCGGCUGGGGUUUUUAUUUUAUGGUUUUUAUCGCAUGGCUUUAUUCUUUUAUUGCCACUAGCUGCUUUGAAGUAUAUAUCAUUAGGAUGUGGCAGUACAUAAACAGUUUUAUAGAUAAAUAAAUGCCCCACGACAACGGAGUCUGUUUAACCCAUAUUCCCCAGCCCUGCUGUCAGGUGAGCGGCAGGUAAAGGUGUGUCAGCCGUCGCUGUGGAAUCUGCUUGCGGAGUGCACAGAAACUGUGCAGGAAUAAUAGCUGUAUAUCUAUACAAAAAAACCCCAAGCACUUUACAUAAAACGCAAGUAAGAUAAUUGGGGGGAAAGGAACCCAAAACAACGAAGGAACACGUUGGCGAGAAACUAGAGAAACUACUAAUGAAACGUUCAGUUAAAUAUCAAUAAAUAGCAAAACCAAGCAGUGUGAUCAAUCUAACAAGUCUGGCAAGGGCUGCUUUUAAAUAGAUGGGUGUUUUAAUUUCAUUUCAAUUUGUAUAUUGCCUUUCUAUAUUACUCUACGCAAAGUGGUUUGCAAGCUGUAGAAACAGCAAAAUAGACAGCAAAAAUCACACACAUAAUGUGUGAUAAAGAUCACACACCCCAUACAAAAAAGUCACAAUAACGUUAAUAAUAUUAUUAUUAAUAAUAAUUUAUUAUUUAUACCCUGCCCAUCUGGCUGGGUUCCCCCAGCCACUCUGUGUGGCUCCCAACAGAAUAUUAAAAACACGAUAAAACAUCAAACAUUCAAAACUUCCCUAAACAGGGCUGCCUUCAGAAGUCAUCUAAAAGUCGGAUAGUUGUUUAAAAUAAACAACGGAUAUCAAAUAUUCAACAAUCCACUAGAAUAUAACAGUAAACCUUAAAGUGAAAUAUCAGCAAAUAAUAGUUAAACAGUUUACACUCAUCCAUUACAAUAAAAAUUACUAAGCUACAAUCAGUAAAAAUAAGUCGCGGUGCAUAAAAUACCACAAAACAUACAAAACCGGGUAAAGGAUCAAACUGAGAAACAAGGACACACGACUUAUAAAAUUACCCUAUUUUUCCACCCCCACGUAUAAGACGACCCCUAUUUUUUGAGCCCCAAAUUAAGAAAUAAAGAAUUGCAGCAUUCCGUGUAUAAGACGACCCCGCAAUUUUAAACUUUAAAAAAUUGCGGGAAAAUAUAGUCUUAUAAGCGGAAAAAUACAGUAUUAUUUUUUUUUUACUUGGCCGCCGUUUCUGCCUCACAGAAAGGGAGAAAGGUGUUUAACCCCUGGCUACCCUCAGGUGAGAGUCCAGCAUACGUUCACCAUCCUUGGUUUAAAAGAUUCUUGGUUGGGUCGGGACGAUAUAGGAUGGGGGGGGGGGGGCAAAUCCCAUCCAUAGCUGUCAGCCGUCCCUUAUUUGGCGGGACAGUCCCUUAUCCCAGCGCCGUGUCCCGCUGCUGUCCCUUACUGAUGAUGUCCCUUAAAUUUCCCGGGUUUCAAAGGAAGCAGCUCCUCUCCCUCCCUCCCUCCUGCCGGCCAGGGAGGAGGGAGGCUCCAGCUGUGUUGCUUGGCUGCGUUGCUCACCCAAUAAGGAGUCUGAGAACGACUGGGGGGUGGAGCUUGCAUGCCUUGUGCCAAUCAAAUCGGCCGCCUUGCCUGGGGACUCGCCUUUGCUCAGCGCUUCCCAGCGGAGAGGGGACGGUGGUUUUCCUUGCUGCAUCCCCUUUGCUGGGUUGCUGCGCUGUGGGAACCACCGCUUGAGGCUUCGUUUGGCUGCUGGCUGGGCUUUCUGCCUUUGGCUCAGAAGCUGAACAUACCUGUGCCCGGAAAAUCGCUUAUUUUGGCUGCUUAUCCCAUAUUUUCGAGGCUGCUGGUCCCUUAUUUUCAAAUCUGUAAGUUGACAGCUAUGCUCCCAUCUCUUGCGGGGGCGCAAUUAGUGCCAGCGCCAUCCAUUAAGAGUUUGGGUGUAAUCUUUGAUGCCUCCCUUUCCAUGUAGGCGCAGCUUGCAGCUAUAACAAAGGUGGCAUUUUUCCAUCUCCGCCAUAUUAAGCAGUUGGCUCCUUACCUUUCUCACCCUGACCUAGCCACUGUGAUCCACGCGACGGUCACCUCCAGACUGGAUUAUUGUAACUCGCUCUAUGUGGGGCUGCCCUUGAGACUGACCCAGAAACUCCAUCAGGUGCAGAAUGCCGCGGCGUGACUGCUUACGGGGUCCUCGCUGCGAGAUCACAUUCACCCGGUGCUAUACCACCUGCACUGGCUCCCGGUGGAGUACAGGGUCAGGUUUAAGGUCCUGGUUUUAACCUUUAAAGCCCUAUACGGCCUAGGACCCUCGUACCUACAGGACUGCCUCUACUGGUAUGCCCCACGGAGGACGUUAAGGUCCACAAAUGACAACACCUUGGAGGUCGCAGGUCGCAAGGUGGUUAGAUUGGUCUCAGCUAGGACCAGGGCCUUUUCAGUACUGGCCCCGACUUGGUGGAACGCUCUGUCCCAAGAGACUAGGGCCCUGCGGGACUUGACAUCUUUCCGCAGGGCCUGCAACACGAAGCUCUUCCACCUGGCCUUUGGCCAAGGCACAGUCUGACCCCCUCUCUCCUUCUGUAAUCCUCAUAAUCUAACCCAAUGGUUGCCAUGAAUUUGAUUCUGAAUUGAUUCUAUAAUGAAUUGAUUUUAGAAUGUGAUUUUAUGUAAACUAUGUUACUUUUACUGUUGUUAGCCGCUCUGAGCCCGGCUUCCGCUGGGGAGGGCGGGAUAUAAAUAAAAUACUAUUACUAUUAUUAUUAUAUAAAUAAAAUACUAUUACUAUUAUUAUUAUUAUUAUAUAAAUAAAAUACUAUUACUAUUAUUAUUAUUAUUAAACCGACAGUAGGUGGGAUUUUUGGGGGGGGGGUUAGGGGGGGUCUCCCAGGCUUCAGAAUGGUAUGUCUCACCGCCCAUGGGCUGAUCGGCGCCAAGAGACCACCCUACCUCUGAAGCCCCGGAUUUUUCCAGAAGAGGCGGCCCACCCACCUCUUACCCACCCUUCUCUUUCUGCCAACAGGGGACGCCUCUUGAGCAAGGUCCUCCCCGCCCCUCCAGCAUCGACGUCCAGAUAGACUCCCUCACCAGCAUGCUGGCCGAUUUGGAGAGCGCCCGGCAGCGCCGUGGAGAGAGGCAGGUGAGAGACCCCGGCCGGGAAUUGGGGGGGGGGGGUGGUCAGAGGCGAUACCUACCCCCUGUGCCUACCCACCCUCCUAGAAUUGUAGGGUUGGCAGGGAACCACGAGGGUCAUCCAGUCCAGCCCCCUGCGAGGUGGGAAUCUUUUGCCCAACGUGGGUCUCGAACUCGCAACCCUGAGAUUCAGAGCCGGGUUUACCUGUAGCACGGCUACCGGCGUCGGAAGACUUGUAACAAGUUCAAGGACUUGUCACCACUACCAAUUUCGCCCAAAGUAUUUUUUUUUAAAGCAGAAACCGUGCAGCUGAUAGAGAGCCGGGUUCGGAUCUCGACUCCGCCAUGGAAUUUGACAGGACCUCAUAAGGCUGUCGUUGUCGAGAUUCAGGGGCAUGAGGGUAAAAAAUAUAAUAGAGGCAGCGGGUGUCUCGGCGGGCCAGUGGGGCAUAUGCGGCCAUGGCGAGCGACUUCUAUCUGUGUUAUUACGUUGGGCACAAGGGGAAGUUCGGCCUCGAGUUCGAGUGGCGCCCUGACGGGAAACUGAGAUAUGCAAACAACAGCAAUUAUAAAAAUGAUGUCAUGAUCAGAAAAGAAGCCUAUGUACACAAAAGUGUGAUGAAAGAGCUAAAGAGGAUAAUCGAUGACAGUGAAAUCACGAAAGAAGGUGAUGCCUUAUGGCCGCCUCCUGACAGAGUUGGCCGAUGGGAGCUUGAAAUUGAAAUUGGUGAUGAACACAUCUCUUUUGCCACAUCAAAAAUUGGUUCUCUUAUUGAUGUAAAUCAGUCCAAGGAUCCAGAAGGUCUAAGCGUGUUUUACUUGUCCAGGACCUCAAGUCUCUCGUCUUCAGUCUCAUUGGAUUAAGAUUAAACCAAUUUAAAUUGUAUGGAUUUAAAUUUGUACUGUAAAGUUUCUUUCAGUGGGGUCAUUUUCCAUUCCUUAUCUCUCACUGGUUUUAUACGUGUCAGAUUUUUUACAGAGUGAAUUUAAUAAAUGCUAAAAAGCAUUUUUUCCCUUAAAAAAAAAUUAGAAGGCAGCGAUACGAUGGAGGUUUCAACACUUAUUUUGCGAUGGCACACCCCUCGCUCGUAUCGUUUGCCAGUUUUGUGCCGGUCCCUGAGCCGUGUCCCUUCUUUCCCCCACAGAAUUUGGAGCCUGCCCCCUUCUCCCACAGCCUCCCUCAGGCUGGCAUCGCCAAGCCCGCCUCUGCCUACAAACCGGGCCCUUCCGGAACCUUCUCCACCCCCGCCAAGCCUCCGGGCUUCGACGCCUACGCCAAGAGCGCCCCUUACGGCGGGCAGCCGGCCCCUGCCCCGUACGUCGGUGCCGCCGUCUCCGGGGACCCAUAUGCCGCCGGCUACCACCGGCCGGGCGCGGCCGCCAAACCGUACCCUCAGCCCAUGCCCGCCUCGUACGCCACGGCUUCCUCGUCCGCCGGCCCGCCCUUCAACGUCCAGGUCAAGGUGGCGCAGCCGGUCGCCGGGUACAACCAGCCCCAGCGCCGGGCAGAGCAGGCGUACGGACCGCCAUCCCCCCGGCUGGGCUACCGGGCGAAACCGCCCCCUCAGUACGCCUCGGAGGUGGGCAGCCGGCCCCGGGGCCACGACGCCGAGCCCUGGUACCCGGAGCCGCCGUCGUACGGCCGUCGGAUGGCCGAAGGGGAGUUCUACCCGGGGCCUGGCAAGGUCGGGGCGCCGGUGGGGCAGUACCACCCCGGGUUGGCGAAACCGGGCAAGGAGGAGAUGGCGGUGGCUUCGCAGAUGCCAGCAGCGGGUGGAGGACUGAGGUUUCAGCACCAGGUAAGAGGAGAGCCCUGGGGGGAGGUGGGCAAGGGGCAUUUGUAUGGGGGGUCCUGCGUUCGAGUCACAAGAGAUUCCGGCAGGUUUUAUUUUGUUUUCCCGUCAAGAGGAGAGAGGGGGUAUUGCAGAGGGCGGGAAUGUUUCUGUGGUCCACGGUUAGAGGAACAAGAAGAUUCCCUUUCAGAACCGCCCUGGGGAACUUCAGAGGAAGGUGGGGCAGGCAAAUUUAAUAAACAAUCAUUAUCUACCUGUCUGUAUCUGAACUGCCCUGGAGGGUCUUUGGAUAAAGGACAGUAUAGAAUAAUAAUAAUAAUAAUAAUAAUAAUAAUAAUAAUAAUCUGUCUAUGACUGAACUGCCAUAGGGUUCUUUGGGUGAAAGGCAGUAUACAGAUUUAAUCAAUAAUUAUUAUCUGUCUAUAUCUGAACUGCCUUGGGGAUCUUUGGAUGGAGGGCAGUAUACAAAUUAAUAACAAAAAUAAUUAAUAUUAAUAAUAAUAAUAAUAAUAAAUGAUCAGUCUGCAUUUGAACAACCCUGGGAUUCUUUGCAUGAAGGGCAGCAUACAAAUGUAAUUAAUAAUGAUUUUUUAUUACUAUUAUUAUCUGUCCAUGUCUGAACUGCCCUGGGUUUCUUUGGGUGAAGGGCAGUAUACAGAUUUAAUCAAUAAUAAUCAUUAUCUAUCUGUCUAUCUUCAUUGGAGGUUCUCCAUCAGAGGCUGGAUAGACCCCCGUUAGCGAUUCUUUACCUGCGAUUCCCGCGUUGCAGGCGGGUUGGGCUGGAUGACCUUUGGGGGACCCCUUCUCACUCUAUGAUUCUGCAGUACUGUAGAGCUGGGAAAGGUUCUGCAAAGGGCAGAGCGAGGAGGAUCAAGCAGAGGGAUCAACUCCCCUGGGAAGAAAGGACUGCAGCGUUUUUUUUUUAGUUUGGACCAAAGGCAUGUAAGGAGAGACACGUUAAGAGGUUUAUAAAAGUGACCGUACCCUGGAGGAAGCGGGAAAGUUCCCUCCUUCUUUCUCGUAGCUCUAGGACUGGUGGGCAACCAGCAAAGCUGGAUGUUGGGAGAGUUGGGGCAGAUAGAAGACAGUCCUUCUUCAUGCUGGGCAUAGUUAGACGGCGGAACUCCCUGCCACAGGAAUGGGCACCAACCUGGAUAGCUUGAAAAGAGGAUUAGGCAGAUUCACGGAGGAGGAGAGGGCUAUGGAUGGCUUGAGAAGGGAGGGGGCUUAUGGUUCUUUCUCUCUGCCCUCCAUCUCGACCCACCAGGUUCCCCCCAGCCGCCCGGAAGAGGAGCUGGACCGGCUGACGAAGAAGCUGGUGUACGACAUGAACAACCCUCCGUCGGGGGAGUAUUUCGGUGAGGUUUUCUUAAGCCUGCGGCCGAGUUUGGCACCCCGAGAGAUGACAGCCGCUCGGUGGCAUGGCUUCAAAACGGGGGUCCGCAGAGGCCGAGAGUGGAGGGGGGCGGUCCAGUCGGCAGCUGUGUCAGUUUUGGCUGCUGGUGGAGCCUCCAUGCUGAGGGGCAGUCUAUCUGCAGACGGGACCUGGGGAACGCUUCCCUUGCCCAAAGUCAGGCUGGGUUGUAGAGAGUUGCUGGCAGGGACAUUUUGGGGGAGCGGGGACCCUGGAAAAGGCCUCCGAACGCCUCCUUCCUCCCUGACAGGCCGCUGCGCCCGCUGCGGGGAGAACGUGGUUGGCGACGGGACGGGCUGCGUGGCCAUGGACCAGGUCUUCCACGUGGAGUGCUUCACCUGCGCCACCUGCCGAUGCCGCCUGCGCGGGCAGCCGUUCUACGCCAUCGACCGGCGCUCCUUCUGUGAAUCCUGCUACAUCGUGAGUGGGGGGGUUAGGGGGUCCUGGCAGGUGGGGGGGUGCAAGGGGGUGCAGCCUAAUGCAGAGUGAUGCAUGCUCUAGUUAUCUGUCCACGGAGGCGCAAGUCAGUUUUGUGUCCAGGGCACCUAUUUACCAGCUCCAUCUGGUACGCAGGAUGAGACCCUCCCUGCCCGCAGACUGUCUCGCCAGAGUGGCGCAUGCUCUGGUUAUCUCCCGCUUGGACUACUGCAAUGUGCUCUACGUGGGGCUACCUUUGAAGGUGACCCGGAAACUACAACUAAUCCAGAAUGCGGCAGCUAGACUGGUGACUGGGAGCGGCCACCGGGACCAUAUAACACUGGUCUUGAAAGACCUACAUUGGCUCCCAGUACGUUUCCGAGCACAAUUCAAAGUGUUGGUGCUGACCUUGAAAGCCCUAAACGGCCUCAAAGGCCCAGUAGACCCUGAAGGAGCGUCUCCACCCCCAUCGUUCAGCCCGGACACUGAGGUCCAGCUCUGAGGGCCUUCUGGCGGUUCCCUCCCUGCGAGAAGCCAAGUUACAGGGAACCAGGCACAGGGCCUUCUCGGUGGUGGCGCCCGCCCUGUGGAACACCCUCCCACCAGAUGUCCAGGAAAUAAACAGCUAUCUGACUUUUAGAAGACAUCUGAAGGCAGCCCUGUUUAGGGAAGCUUUUAAUGUUUAACAGACCGCUAUAUUUUAAUACUUUGUUGGAGUGGCUGGGGCUAUACCCCAGAUGGGCAGGGUAUAAAUAAUAAAUUAUUAUUGUUGUUGUUAUUAUUAUUGUUAUUAUUCUGCACAUUCUGUAGGUUGAAACCCUCUUUCCCUCCUCUCGCCAGGUAACCCUGGAAAAAUGUUCUAUGUGCUCCAAACCCAUCAUGGACCGGAUCCUGCGAGCGAUGGGGAAAGCCUACCACCCACAGUGCUUCACCUGUGUGGUUUGCCAUCGCUGCCUUGAUGGCGUCCCGUUCACGGUUGAUGCCACCAGCCAAAUUCACUGCAUCGAAGACUUCCACCGGUAAAUCUCUCCCCCCCCCCCCAUUUUUGCUAAAUGGAACUUUCUUGGAUGGGGAGGGGGGUUCGUGGGCACCUGUGGCGCUCUCCUCCCAGCAUGCUUUAGGGUUCGGAGCAGAUGGUAACUCUGAUUCGCCCACAAUUCUCCCUAAAGUCCAAAGUUUUACAUCCAUUUGAAAUACAGCUUUUAAAACCUACAAAUUGCCCUAUCUUCCAGGAGUUUGUCUCAUCCUCCUUUAACCCCAUCCACGUUGUGGGCAUCUCCUGUGGCAGGGAGUUCCGCAGGUUUGACGACGUGCGGAUAUUCUCCCUCCUCUAGCAGAUCUGAGCUAAAAGCGGGAGAAAAUUCGCUUCUAAAUGCCUUAAUCCUUGUCUCCACCCCCCGGCAGGAAGUUUGCCCCCCGGUGCUCAGUUUGUGGUAAUGCCAUCAUGCCAGAGCCUGGAAAGGAGGAGACCGUGCGAAUCGUCGCCCUGGACCGCAGUUUUCACAUAGGCUGCUACAAAUGCGAGGUGAGACCACUUUGGCCGUGCUCCCGGUCUCUUUGCCAGUCCUCUUCUGAGGCCAUCCAGGUUAGUGGCCAUCCCUGUCUCUUGUGGGAGGGUGUUCCGCAGGUUAACAUUAUGCUCUGUUGGAGAGGAGGAGGAGGAGGACCUCUGGUUGGGGGACACCUGUGUUCCUUCUUGGGUAGUUUGUUCCCUUUUGGUCCCCACCUGCACUCCACACUCACCUGGGGCUUCUAGAAGCUUCAGCGUGCGAUGGCGGCCACAAUACUGGGAAACGGCUUUGACUGGCCGGCUAAACCAGGUGAGAGGAGCUGAUGGGUCUCAAACCCAUGCUUUCCUUUGGGCCACACCUGCGAGGCCGAGAGGGGGGUCUGGUCAUCUGGGCAGCCCAGGACCCCCAGACACACUUGCGCCUGCAAGGUUUAACUUUCCCCCUGGAGGCGCACUCCGUUGUCUCUCGAGACGGACGGAUACCAGCCACCAAUUCUCUUCUCUCUCCCCUGCCAGGAGUGUGGGCUGCUCCUCUCCUCCGAGGGCGAAGGCCGAGGCUGCUACCCGCUGGACGGCCACAUCCUUUGCAAGAGCUGCAGCACUCGGCGGAUCCAGGAGCUCUCCUCCAAGAUCACCACGGACUGCUGAUGGCUUCUGCCUCCCCCCCAUCUCCUUGUUGGUUUUCUCUAUUGGUUUCCGCCUCCUCAACCGCUCACAUUUUGCACCGCACUUCCUGCUGCCUUUAUCAUGGAGUUGCAGGCGGUUGCGAUAGACAACCCGUUGGGGCCUUUCCAACCCUUCUGUUCUAGGAAUUUCUUGACGUUCAUUUCAGCCCUCUUUUCCUUUGGCCAUAGAAACCCUGCUGUGUGUCUCGGGGGCAGCAGCAGUGCAUCUCAAGACCCUAACUCUCCCUAACUUUUUCUCCCUGCUGCCCCACUUUCCUGUCCUGCCCUGGCUGCCUCCCUCCCUCCUUCCCCCCCUACCCCCACCCCAAUUCUCCUCUGCGGGUUGGCGGCUUCGAACAUCAACCCUGCAUUUCUCAAAGCGGAAGCGGAUUGUGUCUGUCUUCGCUAUGUAUAUAACUGUCUUCGCUCUGCAUAUCUCUGUCUUCUCUCUGCACGCCUCUGUCUUCUCUCCACCACCAGCCCCACCAUUUCCCUGCCUUGAGGGCUCCCCCAAACCUAUAAGCUGGUCUUAGCUAUGUGCCAUCUCCCCUCUCCCCCCCCCCCCGGUCAGUUACAGCAGCCUUAACCAAGCAGGUGCCGUCCAAAUGCUUUGGCCUACAACUCCCAUCAGCCUCCAGUCAGCUGUGCUGGCUGGGGGUUGGUUGGAUUGGAAUCCAGAACACUGGAGGGCAGCAGCAGCAGCUUAGAAAAAGGGUGAAUUUUACUAAAAUACCCUUCCUCGCUCCUCCACCAUUGCCACUAACUGAGGGAAAUGGGAUAUCAACAUCUGGGUCUAUAUCCCUAGCUCUUGGUUUUAUUUGUUUUAUUUUUUUUAAUAAUUCCUCAAGUUCCUUCUCCGUGUGUGAGUGUUUUUUUAAAGGAUGGGUAUUUUUAAAAAAUACAUUAAACUCCCCACCCCACAAGCGUCUUCCCCCAGGGCGUGGGGCAUUGUGUUCAUGUGCGUUAUGUGUCAGAAUUUAAUUAAAGAUCUGUCAAACUUCA